AUGGGAAACAACAGCAGCUCCACGGUGGAUGACCUGCAGGCUGUCGAGAUCCACCACUGGUACAAGAAGUUCAUGACAGAGUGUCCUUCUGGGCAGCUGACGGAGCAUGAAUUCAAGCAGUUCUUCGGGCUCCGGGGGCUGGACCCAGAGGCCAACAGCUACAUCGAGCAGAUGUUCCGCACCUUUGACAUGAACAAGGAUGGGUACAUCGACUUCAUGGAAUACGUGGCUGCCCUCAGCCUCGUCCUUCGAGGGAAGAUGGAGCAGAAGCUGCGCUGGUAUUUCAAGCUCUACGACGUCGAUGGCAACGGCUGCAUCGACCGCUACGAGCUGCUCAACAUCAUUAAGGCCAUUCGAGCCAUUAACGGUGGCGACCACGAAACCAGCGCAGAAGAUUUCACCAACCGAGUCUUUGACAGGAUUGAUGUGAACGGAGAUGGUGAGCUUUCCCUGGAGGAAUUCGUGGAGGGGGCGAGGAAGGACGAGGAGUUCAUGCAGGUUAUGAUGAAAAGCUUGGACCUGUCUCACAUCGUGGCCAUGAUCAACAACCGCCGGCACAGCAUUUAAAUCAAGCUGGGAGGGGGGGGGGAGAGAAAAAUGCUGUGCCCGUGGACAGGAGGGCACAGAAACACAAGGAA